CACCCUUGUAGCUGCAGCCAGAAACGGCGCGGACGAGCGAAGGGGUUGCAGGCGGUACGAGCGCAGACGCAAGCCGCUCAGCGAACAUAUCGAGGCUUUCAUGAGACUGACCUGGCAAUCAAUGGCAUGGCAGAACGCUUGAGAGACCGAGCUCUCUUUGGCCAGAGUCGGUAUAGUGCACGCCGAGUCCGUCGUUUCUCACCCUCCCUCGUCGGAGGGUGUUGCGACGACCUCGAGAAUCGCGCGUGUCUCAUAAUAAUAAACGGCUCAUGAGGUGCGCGGCGCAUUUCUUGGCGGCGACGAAUCGCGCCGCUUCGGGUUAAUUAAUUACGUCGCAGACAGGAUUUGUUGUUAAAUAACGUCGCUCGAAAUCGCCGAGCGAAAUCAGGGUGGGAUCUCGUUUCCGCUCGAUCGGCGCGCGAGUCCGCGAUCACGCGGCGCGAUGUCAUCGUUGUGACAUCGGCCUCGUGACAAUACAAAUACGAUACAUACUUGUCAUAUACUAUAAGCUCGAGAGAUCACCGGGUGGUAUCAUGAACCAUGGAUACGUCGCGACUCGAAAACGACGCGACUUCAGAAGAGAAACGUAAGGAAGAACGCGCUUAAGCCAUGGGUAGCGGAGGAGUUGGUGAAGUACCAACGAUAUUUCACCCCCGACGAUCGCGUGCGUCGAAUAUAACCCUCGUCGAAGAUCAGCAGACUCACGGUCCGUUCAUCACCCCCAUCCAGAUUGCGCUCCACGCUUCAGGAUGCGAGCAGCAGCAGGGUUGCAGUGUCGCCGAUGGAUGCGGCGAUUCUGCGUCGAGUUGUCGCACCCUGGAGGCCACCGGAAGUGUUGGAAGCGGCGGCGGCGGCGGCGGCGAUGGCGGGGAUGUACAAUCGACAGGUCAAACUCAAUCGAGUCAUAUGACCUCGGCUCCGACACCGGUUGUUCAGCAGCCACAGCAACCCAGUUCGAUUGCGGCCUGCCUUGCUUCCUGCUGCGCGGAAAGCGCGAAGAAGAUAUAUUUCGGGGUAUGUACGAUAUGCGUAACAGCGAGUUGGGUCGGUGCGACUCAUUGCAUUAAGUAUUUAUACUUUCAUAAGUCAAGCAAGCUCUCGGAAACGUCCGACUCGGUGAAUUCCUCUGCGAGCGGACUUCAUCAUCAACAUAUCAUCCUUCCAUACGACGCGCCCUUCUUUACGACGUGGUUCUGCACCAACUGGGAAGUUCUGUAUUUUCCGGUAUACUUUCUCUGUCGGGCUGUCAGAACCAAGUGCGCCACUCCUUCCGAGAUAGUAGUCGAGAGUCUUCGUGGUUUCCGCGACAAGGGUUUUACUGGCGGCCGCUUCUUAAUUAGAUGCAGUCUUUUCUGCGGUCUCUGGGUCAUCACAAAUUAUUUGUACAUACUUUCGUUAAGGAUACUGUUAGCCACAGACGUAAUGGCGUUAUUCGCAACCAACGUUUCAUGCGUCUACCUGCUAUCAUGGGUCAUUCUUCACGAGCAAUUCGUGGGCGUAAGGAUAGUUGCAGUGAUUCUUUGUAAUACCGGCAUCGCGCUCUUAGCCUAUAUGGACGGCAUAACUGGAAGUCCAACAUUGGGAGGUGUCGUUUUAGCUACAGCAGCGGCAGCUGGUUCUGCCGUUUAUAAAGUCCUCUUUAAGAAAGUAAUUGGAGAAACUACAUUCGGCCAAAUGUCUUUAUUUUUCUCUCUUAUUGGUUUGUGUAACGCGGCCUUGUUAUGGCCGAUUUGCCUGGCCCUGUAUUUUUCCGGAGUGGAAAUUAUACAUUGGGCAAGAUUGCCAUGGGCAGCGCUACUCUCCGCCAGCAUCCUCCAUUUAGUUGCGAAUAUGCUCGGCAAUUUCAGCAUCGCUCUCACUUACGACUUGUUCAUUACUCUUGGAUUAAUAACAGCUGUACCUGUGUCCGCUGCAUUGGACGUUAUUUUUUACGGGGCGUACUUCAUGGGCAUGAAAUUAGCAGGCAUGAUCUUCAUAGCGGUGGGUUUCUUCCUCGUGAUGUUUCCGGAUAAUUGGCCAGAUUAUAUAACGAGGCUCCUCCGUACCACGGGGGGCGGCCAGCAACGUGGCAGCAGAAAUAUCCUUAGGAGUCGCAGGGCGUCUCUUCAGCAACGUCAGCACCGCUUAAGGAGCUACGGCGUUUCUACUGCGCACGGAGACGGCCAGACGUUGUUGCCAAUCAGUAAUAACAACAACAACAACAACAACAACAACAAUAGCAGCAACAGCCAACCCAUCAUUCAUCGACACGUUAACAACCCCCAACAGUACAGCUCCGAAACCCAAUCACGUCGUGUCCUUCCCUUCACCUCGACCUCCAUCACCUCGACCUCGACCACCACCGUCGUCAGCAACAGCUAUUCGCAUGAUCCUCGUAAUCAACAGCAAGGUGGAGUCGGAGACACAGGCACGGCAUGUCAGAUGGAUCGUCGCGUGACGUGAUCGAUUAUCGGACGGGUUAUAUAAAAUCGCAUCUACGUUCGCCCUCAGGCAGGGUUCGGUGACUAAACACACCGAAAAUCAAAGCAAUAAUUAAGAAAUUAUGGCAAAGCUACGUAAGUUGCAUUGGCAGCGAUUGGCCAAAAUUAUCGUCCAAGUGUAAGCAUGAACUUGGCCACGAAAUAGAUUUAUUCUACCAGUACUUUUAAACAUUUUCUAAAUCCUUAGAGCUACUUUGAAGCAUUAUUAAUGAUGCAUCGUUCCAUCAACAUCAGUUAUUUUUAAUUAAUCUUUUACUCAGUCAAUCAAAUCUGUCGAGAACAGAUCUCUGCUGUAAAUUUUAUUGACAGAAAGAUUACAGAUUUGAUAUAAAAUUUAGCAUAUGAUACAGUUAAUAGAAUGUUGGCAAAAAUAUAACGACAAUUUAACAAGAUAUAAUGUUAGAUUUUAAUGUCCUUGCCAAUAUGAUUAAUGUCAAUUUGGUAACAAUUUCUGAUGGAAUUUGUUGUCAAUCUACCAGCAUACUGAGAACAGUUUGCUCACUGUUUCUCAUAUUAGUUCUGGCAACAAAUAACAAAAUUAAUUUAAAUUAAGUAAAUAAAAAUAAGUAAAGAAUUUAUUCUAAAUCGAAUACUUUUUAUGAUCGAAUACUUUCUCAAAUUUUUUUAUUUAUUAUUUAUUUAUAAAAAAAUAUUAAGCAUCUCAAGAUGCUUACAGUUGAAAUGCAAAGUUAUUGUAGUACAAUAAAGUUGUAAGGAAAAGUUAUUUAUCUCAAAUCUUAUAAAGAAUGAUUUAUAAAGAGCUCAUUAUUAAUCUUUUGCAGAAAUAUACUAACAAAAAUAGAAUAUAGCUGAUAUUUUUAUUUCAUUGUUAAUAUUUUCUACUCUUUUAUUACACCAAUGAUCAUCUCUUAAAAAGCUACAAUCAAGAUACUCUACUACUACAUAAUGAACCCAAAUACAUCGGAGAUAUCUUUGUGGUAUUAAUGAUAUUAAUGUACAUGUAGAUGUAUGUGUGAUAAUUGUAGCUCAAUUGAACAUGGGAAUAAUAGCUCCAUGGUUUAGUCAGGCGAUUAUAUAAAAUUUCUCUAUGUGUAUUCCAUUACAGAAAAGCAUAUGAGGAAGACAAGCAUUAAUAUAUUAAAAAAUAAAAGCGAUACAGAAUCGCUGAAAUAUCGAUAAGCUCAAUUUUCCAUGUUAAUAUAGUGUAUUGUCAGGAAUAAAUCAAAAAAGUUUAAAUUUAAUUUGUCGGUUUCAAUUCGUUUUUAAACAAACCGUGAAUAAUGCUAGAAAUAGUUUUUGGAUCAAGAUCUCCAUUUGAUCAUUCUAUACUAUUCACGAAUGUCAUAAAUAUCGAUAUAUUGUUAUUAAUGAAAAUUACAAACAAAUACAAAUAAUACAUAAAGACAAUCAGAAAUAGCAAAUUAGCUCUAAAGCCAUUUUUUCGUCUGUAAAGAUAUUGUUACUCGUAUAAUGGAUAAUUGUUUGUAGUAAACGUAUCGAAAAUAUAAUAAUUUACAAUGUC